AUUAACAACUCAGAAUCAUCUAGUACCAGAUGAAAAUCUAAGAGGAUGUAAGAGGUUAGCUUGCAAUCAUCAUCUGUGUCUAUUACUGCUAUUUUUUUUUUUACCUUAUCUGAAAUAAUUUCAGAAAGCAACUCUACUGAAGUGUCUACCAAAGACUCCACUUCUGAGCAUUCGGGAGCAGAGGGCAUCCCUUCCAUGAAGGUAGGAAAAAUCUGAUUAAUGGGCAUGUGAUGAAUUAUAUCAAUGUAUAAAGCUGGAUUUACAGUUCUGCAUAGAACAUGUAUAAGAGAACUUCCACAUAGCCUCAUUCAGAAUGCAGAGCAACCUGGGUUUAUACAUAAUGGUAACAUUUACCCAGUAGGCUAUAGUGUGUCUCAACCAAAAUUGUCAUGAAUAAACAAGCAAAUCAAGAAAUAGAUUCACAAGGUUGAGUCUACUCCAUUGAAAAUUAAAAUAUGUAAAUAAAAAGAAAAAAGAUACAUCCAUGUGAAAAAGAUGUUGCAAAACAAUCAAAUUGUGUAGAGUGUUGGCAGCAUCGCAAUCAACUGAAGAUAGUGUCUUGUUCUCUGCUGGUUGCCUCCUUUUAUCUCUCGUGUCUGGCUGUCUACAACAAUGCAAAAUCCUGUUUCUAUUCAAAGCUCGACCAAUCAGAGAUUAACUUGGUGCAAACCUUCACAGAGCAGGGGGGAAAAAGCGACAUUUGUGUUCAGUUAACAUUCUCAACACAAAUGGAAACAUGGACACAACUAAGAUCAAACCUGCAAUCAGUUCAAAAACACCCCCUCCUACUCUAACCCUAUCAACUUAUUGAAAUGAUGCUCUGUACCCAGAAGUCAGAGUUUUCACACUGAAUGAGACACAGUGACUAUCUUCGCUCAGAAUUGUAACUGUCUGUUAAAAGUCUGUUAGCAUGCAUAGUGGUUUGUUUACACGUAAUCUAAACUUGUGGAUUUGUUUGUUUGGGUGAACAAAAAGAGUUAACAACCUAGCCAGAGUAGUUUGUGUUUGCUUACCUGUGUUGAACAAAGGCAAGACACAGCUUUGGAAGCUACUAUCCACUAGCUAUGGACAAUGGAUGUCAAUGGUUCGCCAAAUGCCCGAUUUCUAUUUCAACUUGCCUACACGGUACACCGCAAGAGGGGGUGAGUUGAACAAAAAUCAUGUCACAGAUAAUGACAGCAAUUUAGUUGGGGUCUGAGCAAACCGGCCACAAACAUCUGAGCAAACCCUUAACAUGAAAAUCAGCCUAAAUUGAAUAGAAUUCCAAGUUUCGAUCCACACAUGGAUCCAGCAGUAAGGAUAAUAUAAUUGUCUGUUUUAUACUCCAAUAUCAAUUCCCCUUCUGAUCCAUGUGCAUGAACCCCUAAGCGUGUGAGGGCACAACAUCUGGAUGCAUGCCCUGCACACACACAAACCUCUGCUUGCCGCUUCUUUGUGCCUGGUGAUGAUGGUAGUGAUGAGCGAGCCGGCCUCAAAGCACGUCCCCCAGCAUCAGACCCGGCCCCCCUGCCCGGCCCAGGGCCACCGGACGGCACUGCACAGGGCAGCCGCCGCGGGCAACAGCGACGCCAUGGCUGCCCUGGUCCAGGGAGGCUGCGCCCUGAACCUACAGGAACGGGAUGGCAACACAGCCCUCCACGAGGUGUCCUGGCACGGCUUCUACCAGUGUGUCAAACUACUGGUCAAGGCAGGAGCAGAUGUUAACGUCAAAAAUAAGGCCGGCAACACGGCUCUACAUCUUGCGUGUCAGAACGCACACGCUCAGAGUGCACGCGUCUUGCUGCUCGGAGGUUCAGCGGCUGACGCCAAGAACAAGGCGAGGGACACCUGCCUGCAUGUAUCCUCUCGUUACAACAACGUCAAGGUGCUCAAGCUUCUGCUGAGCACACUGUGCUCUGUGACAGAGCAGAACCAGGAGGGGGACACGGCCCUGCACACGGCCGCAGCGCUCAACCACAAGAGGAGCGUCCAGCUGCUGCUGGAGGCUGGAGGAGACGGGAACGUCCGGAACAACGCAGGCAGGACGGCUCUGGACAGAGCGAGGGAAAACAACAGCACAGAGGCAGCGUUGGUCCUCGCCCGGGCUCCCCAGGUGCAUCGCUUCAUGCGAGGAAGAACGAUAAGGAAGCAGAGAGAGAGAGUGAGGGCCGAGCGUAGGACCCAGUCCGUCAAUAGUGUCGACACACUGGCUAAUAGGGAGAGCGCCUCGUCCGCCGAAGACAACGAGCUAGACUCUGUGCCGAGGGCUACCAGACUGAGGGCCACCCGACCGAGGGCCACCCGACCGACGGUCUUCACGACUGGCUACCAUUGUCAUCCCCACCGUCGCCGCAAGAUGGCCGCCCUCACCGCCGGAGGACCACACGGCCGAGGGAGUGGGGCCUUGAAUGAAGGUCAUGCAGGGAGUGGAGAGGGAGUCCCUUCAGAGACCCAAAGGAGGAAAGGACUUCUCCCGUCCGGCAACUGCAGGGAACCUCCGAAGACCAGGGCCUAUCAGCUAUACACACUCUUCCGAGACAGACACGGCACGGUACGACAGGCUCCUGCCAGAGGGAGCCACUGUAGGGCCCGCUUCAGGAAGCUGGGGGGCCAGAUCCGAGCCACCCAGGAGGAGAUGAAGUGGCACAUCGUGAGCUUGCAGGACCAGUUCAAUGUCCAGCUGGGAAGGCUGCACCGCAGGAACCUACGUCAGAUCAAAGUGUUGGACAUGGUGAAUCAGGAGAGAGCGGCCACAGAGAGAGAAGCCAUGCUCUACAGGAUAGACCAGCAUGCCGAACAGGCCAGAGAAGAAGCCAUAAGGAGCCAGCAGGCAGCGAUGAGCCGGGACCUCAAGCGGUGGUGCAUGUCCCGGAUGAGGGGCAUGGAUCUCCCGCCCAGCCCCGAGCCUUACGCUCUGCUCCAGUCACCCUCUGUGGAGGUCUCUGUGGCAGAGUCUGACCUGCUGGAGUCGACCCUCCCUCUGCUGGAUGUGGCGCCUGGAGACAACAGCAGCAGCAACAGCUCCUCCCUGGCCACCUACGUCAGCGGUCUCCCCAGUCUUCCCUCCUCCUCCACCCUGGCCAAUGACGACCACAACCACCAGACACCAGAGGGCCUGCCAGUGAGCUCUGCUGACUCCUGCUGGCGGCUUCCGGGAGUGACGCUCCGGGGUUCGGUGGUUCCUCCGGCCGUCGUAGGCUUGGGGAGGGCCAGGGGCAGAUCCACCAGUGGCAGCAGCAGCAGCAGCUUGUUUGCUGUCCCAGCCAAGCCCGGAAAGGCCGAGAUACUGGCGACCCGGGGCCAGCGGUUAGGACACAGGAGCUACGGCUGGGCCUGCAAGAGACGGCUCAGUGAACCGGUGCUGGCCCGUGGGCGGGCUACCGCUGGCACAAGCACUGACAACAACGCUAUGCUGGGGGUCUGUACCAACCGGCAAACGUUAAUCCAGGAAAGGAACCAUCGGCAAGCUGUUGAAGUGACUCAGCGGUUUUUCGAGGCGGUGUCGGCACAGCUGGAGCGCUGGUACGAGAGCAAGGUGCAGGAGGCCAAGCGACAGGCAGAGCUGAGGGCACAGCAGGACAUGAGGCGGCUCCUGCAGCGAAUCACCGCCCUGGAAGAGGAGAUCCAGCGGCUGACAGCCAAUGACAAGGCCUAGAGCGCUCUGGGGCCCCGCCCACUCCACCAGUUCCCUCCCCCAAAACCCAUUGACUGCUACACCAAUGAUUGGCAUGUUUUCAUCCACAAAAACAAAGGAGAGAGUUAAAGUCAGAAACACAGAGGGAGAAUGUUGUUCUUGCUCUUCCUCUCUGCCCAUAACCAAUGCUCAGUGUUUCUUUGUUUCCUGACUCUUGUUCCCGAUCCUCUGGUAUACUUUGUAUGAUGUGACAUGUUAUGAAAGGUCACCAGAGCAAUGACUCGUGAGUGGACCAUGGAUCCAUGAAGUUCUAUAAUGCACUAAUGAUUUAGUGUCAGUCGCAUCACAUGCCUACCAUCCCAUCAUGGUGUGUGUGUGUGUGUGUGUGUGUGUGUGUGUGUGUGUGUGUGUGUGUGUGUGUGUGUGUGUGUGUGUGUGUGUGUGUGUGUGAGUGAGAGAGAGUGUGUCAUAUUCUGCUUGUUAUGUUGCUUAUGUUUAUUUAAACAAGCGGGUUGUCGCAAUUUUUUGAUGUUUUUUAAUGGCCACAUAUUAAGUAAGUAAAUGUACAACCACCAUCUACCGUUGGGAAAGUCCUUGAACUCUUUCAUGAAAAUAGAAAAAGAAAAUGAUCUGGACUAUCAACGUUGAAUUUAAUUGAUGUUCAUUAUAACUUUUAUCAACCUUACUUUUCUUACCCACACACACCCACACGUUGUCUUGUGUCCAAGCAAACGAUGAGACACGCAUGGCUCAUAACAAAUGAGGACAUGUUGCUGACCAACAGUAAUCCCUUCUACCACCCGGCCUCAGACCACAGCAGGGCGAAGGACAACCCCCCCGGCCCCCCCCCCCCCCACCGAAGACAACAAACAGCAUCAUCAUGUGGCGUCCGUGCUUAGGGUAUUGUGUGCAUGACGGGGAGGCCUACCGUCAACAAACAGACCGCCCGGGCCCGGGCUGUCAGCCGGGGCGGGGCCGCGGAGCACUUGAUGAACCAGCCGUUGCGUAACCCCGAUGAUCCCGCGGUGACAUCGGAACGGUCGGCUUCCAUCGCAGCAGAGAGCGGCGGCGGCCGCUGAAGGGAAAAUCUGAAUCAAUGCAACAUCGACUCUGUCAGCGAGCAAUGGAAACCUAAUUAAGGCGCCCGCAGGCCACGUGGCUGGUCAUUUAAUGCAGCGGAGCGCGAACCUCAGCGACUCUCGUGUCCACACACCACCAUACACCAACGACUACAGGCUGAACCUCAGCGACUCUCCAGUCCACACACCACCACACACCAAUGACUACAGGCUGAACCUCAGCAACUCUAAUCCACACACCAACGACUACAGGCUGAACCUCAUGACUCUAAUCCACACACUACCAUACACCAACGAUUACAGGCUGAACCUCAGCGACUCUAAUCCACACACCAACGACUACAGGCUGCAGUGCUGCUCGGUAUCAAUUAUUUUGGUCUAUGCUUCAUUUUGGUUGUAUGAGUUUGCAGUUAGGUUAGACAGUACAAACAUGGCCUCUGCCAUUUCCCCCCAAGCCAAGCCAAGACUGACCAAAGGUUUACCUGGGUAAAUUAAACCUGUAGGCAUGGCUUAUUUACCAUUCCGCCCUAUUCCAAUAAAAACUGAAUUCUUACCUGGGUUCGAGAGACGCCUAAUGAACCACAUCCAGAGGUCAAGCUCGUUGACCUUGUGUCUCUGUUUAAAUAAACCACGUGUUGAACAUUAA